AUGGCGUCACCCGCCGCCGAAAACAUGCAAAAUGGCAUCUCAACGCCGCCCGCAACAGCAAAUGCGCCUACACUCAGUCCACCGACCCAACAACCUCCACCCACGCAGGCCCAACAACAACAACAACAACCAUCGCAACAACAAUCUCAAACAAACGGUGGUACAAACCCUAAUACCACGGCUACUACCGCAGCAGCCAUGAAUCCCGCUUUCCCAGGUACAUCUCUCUCCGACCCCGGGACCUCGAAGCGCCCGCGCGACGCCCGGCUCAUCCACCUCAUUCUCGCCAACAUGGGCGUGCACGCCUACACGGAGCGCGUGCCCCUCCAGCUCCUCGAUUUCGCCUACCGGUACACGUCUUCCAUCCUCUCCGACGCCAUCAGCUACGAGCCCCCACUUCCCACGACAUCUGGGUCCAAGAAGCGCGCCGCUGGCGGCGGUGCAGCAGCAGGUGAAGGAGACUCGGGCGAGGGCGUUAGUCUAGCGGCGCUCAGGACGGCCGUGGGGGCGCGAGCGGCGGGUACGUUUCAAGCGACGCUGGGUAAAGAGUUUAUGAGCGAGGUGGCGCAGGAGCGGAAUCGUAUUGCGUUGCCCAGAGUGGAAAGGGAGUUUGGGAUUAGGUUGCCGCCUGAGAGGUAUUGUUUUACGGGUGUGGGGUGGGGAGUUAAAGGCGCGUGGGAGGACGAUGAGGUGGUGGAUGAGGGUGUUGGCGAUGAGGAUGAGAUGGAUUUGGAUGGUGGUGGUGGUGCUGGGAAUGGAGGAGGAGGGUUUGGUGGAGGGCCUGUUGGUGCUAUUACGAAUGGAGGGAGAAAGGAGGAGGGCGAGGCUAAGGAUACUGAUAUGGGGGGUAUGGAGGAAGAGGAAGAAGCCGAUGAUGAAGAGUUUGAAGAGGCUAUGGGGAUUAAUCGGGAGAAUAAUCCGUAG